AUGAAAGUAUUUAUUUUCCACAUUAUUGGAUAUUUUUGCUGGAUCUAACCACUGAACAGUUAAAGUCUUCAGGAGAUAUGAUACCCAGGAGUUUUUGCUUGCUGCUUUUAUCAAUAAAUCUCCUCCACGCAUUAACUGAAGAUGGUGAACAGGAGGAUGAGACACUAUUCGACUUAUUUGAGAUCAGCAACAUCUCACGGAAGACACUGGGGGCCAAACAGUUCAAAGGUCCAAACUCAGAUGCCCCAGCUUAUCGCUUCCUCCGCUUUGACCACCUGCCCCCUGUGAGCCCGCCUAUACUCAAACAAAUCCUGCAGCAAAUCCAAAUAAAUGAAGGCUUCAUAUUUGUGGCAAGUAUUCGUCAGGACCGCGGGUCACGGGGCACUCUGAUUGCCUUAGAGGGCGCCAAUGGCAGGAGGCAGUUUGAGAUUGUAUCCAACGGGCGCGCCAACACUCUGGACUUGGUGUACUGGGUGGAUGGCUCCCAAAAUGUUGUGUCCUUUGAGGAUGUGGACUUGUCAGACUCACAGUGGAAGAAUAUAACUCUUCAAGUUCAUGGGGAAAAUGCCAACUUGUUUGUGGGUUGCAGCCUCAUCGAUAGUUUUAUCCUGGAUGAGCCAUUUUAUGAGCAUCUCCGGGCAGAGGGCAGCCGCAUGUAUGUGGCCAAAGGGUCCAUCCGGGAGAACCACUUCAGGGGUCUUCUGCAAAAUGUGCACUUCAUCUUUGACACACCAGUGGAGGAUGUGCUCCUGACCAGAGACUGUGAAGUCACAAAGCACGAUGAUGCUAACAUUGUGAGUGAGAGCACCGAGAUUGUGGAUGUAAGUCCUUCCAUCACCACAAACAUUAUUGGUCAAAAGCCGGAUGACUUGGGAGCAGAGAUGUGUGAACGCUCCUGUGAAGAGCUCAGCACCAUGUUUCAGGAACUCAAAGGGCUCCGAGUGGUGGUCAGCAACCUCAUCGACGGCCUGCAGAAAGUGACAGAGGAGAACUCAGUCAUGAAGGACGCUCUGGGGAUGAUGAGGAACACUAAGGAGAAAAACAUGUGCUGGCAAGAUGGACGGCUGUUUGAUGAUAAAGAGGAAUGGGUUGUGGACAGUUGCACCAAAUGUACCUGCCAGGAAUCCAAAAUUGUUUGUCACCAAAUCACUUGUCCUCCUGUGGCCUGCGCAAGUCCCUUAUUUAUGGAUGGAGAGUGCUGCCCCGUGUGUGUCUCUUCAGAUGGCGAGGAUGGCUGGUCGCUGUGGUCAGAGUGGACCGAGUGCACCGUGACUUGUGGCACAGGGACUCAGCAGAGAGGCAGGUCAUGUGACGCCACCAGUAACCCAUGUCCCGGAGCCUCAAUCCAGACACGAAAAUGCAGUCUGGGCAAAUGUGACAGUCGUGUACGACAGGAUGGAGGAUGGAGCUUGUGGUCGCCUUGGUCAUCUUGCUCUGUAACUUGCGGAGAGGGACAAAUUACUAGGAUUCGCCACUGCAAUGCCCCCGUGCCACAACUAGGGGGUAAGGACUGUGAAGGCAGCGGGCGAGAGACUCAACGCUGUACUGCUAAACCAUGUCCAAUUGAUGGUGGCUGGGGUCCCUGGUCGCCGUGGGCAACAUGUUCAGCAACAUGCGGAGGCGGGAUCAAAAGCCGAACCCGUGAAUGCAACAGCCCUGCGCCUCAGUUUGGAGGCAACAAGUGUUUUGGACAAAACCAUGACAGUGACAGCUGCAACAAUAAAGACUGUCCUAUUGAUGGUUGUCUGUCUAACCCAUGCUUUGCUGGAGUGGAAUGUAGCAGCUCUCCUGAUGGAUCCUGGACUUGCGGCAUAUGUCCAGAUGGUUAUCGUGGAAAUGGCACCCGCUGUGAAGACAUAGAUGAGUGUGCCAUGGUGUCAGAUAUUUGUUAUAAACUGGGUGGGUCUCAGCGCUGUGUUAACACUGACCCAGGAUUCCACUGUCUGCCUUGUCCAACACGCUACAAAGGCACACAGCCCUUUGGGAAGGGUGUGGAGUAUGCCAAGACAAACAAACAGGUGUGUGAGCCAGAGAAUCCAUGCAAAGAUAAAACGCACAACUGUCACCGAUCAGCUGACUGCAUUUACAUCAGUCACUUCAGCGACCCCAUGUACAAGUGUGAAUGCAGAACUGGCUACGCUGGAGACGGCUUCAUCUGCGGAGAGGACUCCGAUUUGGAUGGAUGGCCUAAUCAAAACCUGGUGUGUGCUGCCAAUGCCACAUACCAUUGCAAAAAGGACAACUGCCCCAGCCUGCCCAACUCAGGACAAGAAGACUUUGACAAAGACGGUCAGGGAGACGCUUGUGACAAAGAUGAUGAUAAUGAUGGCAUUUUGGAUGAGAGGGACAACUGCCCUCUUCAUUUCAACCCUCGUCAGUUUGACUUUGAUAAAGAUGACGUUGGUGACAGAUGUGAUAACUGCCCCUAUGAGCACAACCCUGAUCAGAUAGACACAGACAACAAUGGAGAGGGAGACGCCUGCGCAGUGGACAUAGAUGGAGAUGAAAUCCUGAAUGAAAACGACAACUGCCCCUAUGUUUACAACACUGACCAAAAGGAUACGGACUUGGAUGGAGUCGGUGAUCAAUGUGACAACUGUCCAAUGCUUCACAAUCCAGACCAGACCGAUGUCGACAAUGAUCGGGUUGGAGAUCAAUGUGACAAUAACCAGGACAUAGAUGAGGAUGGACACCAGAAUAACCUGGAUAACUGCCCUUAUGUGCCCAACGCAAACCAGGCUGACCAUGAUAAGGACGGAAAAGGGGAUGCUUGUGACUAUGAUGACGAUGAUGAUGGUAUCCCUGAUGACAGGGACAACUGCAGACUCACCCCUAACCCAGACCAGCUUGACUCUGAUGGGGAUGGGAGAGGAGAUGCCUGUAAAGAUGACUUUGACAAUGACAGUAUCCCUGAUUACCUCGAUGUGUGCCCUGAAAACAGCGGCAUCGGUAAUACAGACUUCAGAAAGUUCCAGAUGGUUCACCUGGACCCUAAAGGCACCACUCAAAUCGACCCCAACUGGGUGGUACGACACCAGGGCAAAGAGCUGGUUCAAACGGCCAAUUCAGACCCAGGCAUCGCAGUUGGUUUUGAUGAGUUCAAUGCUGUGGACUUCAGUGGCACCAUGUAUGUUAACACAGACAGAGAUGAUGACUACGCAGGGUUUGUGUUUGGGUACCAGUCCAGCGGGCGCUUUUAUGUAGUGAUGUGGAAACAGAUCACACAGACGUACUGGGAGGACAAGCCCUCCAAGGCAUUUGGCAUCUCUGGAGUUUCACUCAAAGUCGUGAACUCGUCCACAGGCACAGGGGAAAACCUCAGGAAUGCUCUGUGGCACACGGGAAACACUCCCGGGCAGGUGCGGACUUUGUGGCACGACCCCAAAAACAUUGGCUGGAAGGAUUACACGGCUUACAGGUGGCAUCUCGUCCACAGACCAAAGACUGGGUUCAUCAGGGUUGUAGUUUAUGAAGGAAAACAGAUUAUGGCUGACUCAGGACCAGUGUAUGACAAGACUUUUGCGGGAGGAAGGUUAGGACUGUUCGUCUUCUCUCAAGAAUUGGUCUUUUUCUCCGACCUCAAGUAUGAGUGCAGAGAUAAGCCGGAGUUUCCAACAGGGUUCACAAGAUAACUGAAUCAACACGGACAGAAGAUGAAGAAGGGACAGACUGAAUUUCGAUAUGCGUGAAGUUAAAGUCAGUGGUCUUUAUCAGCUUAAAGAGACUUGAAUGUUUUGCCUUAACAUGAGUUUGUAUGGUGAGUUUUAUAUUUCAAAGAUCUACAGCGAAUGAACAAUGUUUCCAUACCAUCGCAUAUACUUUUUCUUAUCAUGUCCUCACAAGUAUUCACUGUGCAACCACUUAAGUUUUUCUACAUUACAAGGAUUUUUAUGUUCGACUUUUCAACUUUUCUGAAUGUGGUUGUAUGAAAUUGAAUGAGUGAAUUGAAGUCAUUUCAGCCAAAGUCAAAGAUGUUUAUACUAGGUUUGUAUUAUAAUUUCUUUUGUAAAUUAUUAUUGUUCUGCCUGUUUGUCUUGUUUGUUUGCAGUUUUGAUACCGUUUGUAAAUAUUUAUUUAUUUGUUUACACUGACAAAUAUAAAGCAAUAUCAUAAACCACAAACAUGUAUAAAAAGCCAUAAGAUGUGUUGAUAAUUUGUGCACAGUCCACAGAUGUGUAGCCUUGGACUUUCUCAGUCUUAGAAACGUAAUCACACAUGUUAACAAAGCUUUCUAUCAUACUAGAGACACAGUUAUAUUGUUAUAUGCAAAUUUUAAUCAAUUUCAGAAAGAGCUGUGCCAAAUAAUUUUGUAAAUAUUGUGCAUUCAUUUUGUUAUCAUGUGUCUGCUAUUAGGCACAAGCAAUAUAAAGUCCAUGUAGGCAGACAGAUCUCUCAAAAAUGGACUUGAAAGACUUGAUAAGUAUAAAAGGGUUCAGCAGUAACAAUCUGCUAUUGAAAAUGAUCUUUGGAUGGUAGUCAAAGAUCACUACCUUUGAAACCCUUUCUACCAUGCACCACUCCUGAACAAAUGAGGGAUUUCAUACAAUUUGUCUUUUUGCCUGUUUUUGUUUUGUUUUUUUUAUCCACUAUUAUCCAGGGCCGUUCCUUGUGUUCAGGUUUGACACUUCAUACUUGUUUAUUGUGAGUUCUUCAGGCUUUAGGUCAUGUGUUUCUUCAUGCAGAUGCUUCUGUGUCAUGCACCAUUAUAUGUGAUUUACUCUGUGGACUAUGAACAGUCUUGAAGGAAAUCCAGAUGAAAUUCCCCAAAUGCAUAGCAUGAAUCCAGCUCUCUACAUCACUAUAGCCAUAUUCCUGUAUUACUUUUUGUUUUGUUUUGUCAUUGAGUUUUGCAUUGCACAAAAUGUCGAGUUUUGUAUUUUGUUGUUAGAAAUAGAUUUUAUACAAAAUAAGAUGUUUUUAAUGAAUUACUAUAUGUACAACAGUGUACUGAAAAUGUACACGAUCAAGAGUUAUCACUGUGGUUGAGUCUGUAUAGCAGCAUUGUUCUUUAAUACUAGCAAAGUAACAUUAAAAUGAAAAUUUUAAUGUUUUUCUGUGUCUACUGGGCU